GUGACAGGCGAGGUGUAGGCUGAGGGUCAUGGCAGGGUUAGUUGGGAGAGCUCAGCCCCAGUGAACGCUCGUGUGUGUCAGCUGAAGGACACCAACACUGCCCGGUGAUCCAUCUGGGUGGUGCCAAGCGAGGAACAUGUACUGGUGUUUUGGUGCGGCGUUGAUGCUGGUAACAGUGGUGGGGAUCCCGGCACACAGCCAGCAGGCAUCGGCAGCAUCCUUCCGCCUGGUCACCGCUUACACGUUAAACCGAACUGAUGACUCCACUCAAAACAUUUCUCAGAGUGGGGACCUCUCCCUCCACCCGGUCCCUUACCUUGGCUGUGCAGACUGACCUGACUAACUGUGGAUGCAAUGUCACCGGGAAUUACUCAGGUCGCGUCCUCCAGGUGACAGGUGGCUACACAGGUGAUGCGCUCAAAGUCGUGGCGCAGAGGUACCAGCAUGUGGGGGGCGUUGGAUCAGCUGAGGAGUUGGUGAGCGUAGCGUGGCACCCCGAGGAAGAGAUGCUGUUCAUGGCGGCUCCCAGGACCACCCUCAGCCUGGCCAGCGGGCAUGAGGGCCAGGCGGGGCAGUGGUGGCGGCUGUGGUUGAGAGGCGGUGAGGAAGAGCGCGGCAAGGCCUCCAGUGGUGACCCCGCGCCGCCUCAGCUUGACCAAGAGCGAGACGCAGCCGGAACCGAGGCAGGACGCGGCGUGGUGGUGCGCACUCAGUUCUCUGAAUCCAUCUUUGGCGUAUCUGUGGACUCGCUGAUGCCGGGGAAGCGUCGGCGUCUCCUGAACCUCACCGUCACGCCACACACUGGAAAACACUGGCAGGUGAGCCUACAUGUGCCAAUUAUCUCUACAGCCCUCGAGUGGGAGACGAAGCUCUGGAAAAAUCAGGGCAAGCAACAUUGGGAAGUUAAUGGGGUAGUCAAGUCUACCAAAUCUGACAUAUCGUUAGAAUUCGUUCACUUCAAGCAGGAGAAGCAGGACGAGGAGACUCAGGUCACGGAUGACAGAGGUGAGGCUGGCAGGUGUGAUGCUGAAGGUUGUGGGGACGGCGGUGUCAAGGAGCCAAAAGCCAAGUCGCGGCACCACGUCGACAGUGAUUGCGACUCAGAUUUAAGAAAAGAACAGACAGUAGACCAGAAUGAAGUUUGUAGUGGUCGAGAUCCUAUAUCAGAAGACUUAAAGCAAAAUGAUCAUGAUUCCGUAAUGGUAAAUGUAAACGAAGAAUGUUCCAAGAAAGCGGAGUGUGAUGGACCGGAAGAGUCAGUGUCAAGUGAAGCUGUUCAAGAGACUACACAAAAAUUAACUUCCCGGGUUUUCAGCCUUUCUUCCAACAUGAAGACUUACGUCUCAUCUGACGGAGGACGCUGGAUUCGGAUCCUGCAGCGCACACACCUGGCAUUCUGUCCUCACGUUGGCUGGAACUUGAACCAAAUAUUUCGGUUCAAUCGUGACUGGACUGGGUGGGAGUACGUGGUGAACACCUGGGAGUGGGGCAACAUGGUGGUGAAGGCGGAGUGGGGCGUCUCUCUCCUGCAGUGGUACCAGAAAACUUUCAGCUUCUCUUUCGACCAGGCGGCGGCGCUCCCCUCCACGUAGCUGGUCCUGGAUUUCCGUGACUGGUGGAGCUACAAGGUGUGGCUGAAGUGGCCGGUCCUCGCGUCCUCCCUCGCCGCUUCCCUCACGCUUGGUCGCGACAGUCACACACUGCUGGGCGAGUCAGACCGUGUGGGGGUGACGUGGGAAGGCAAGGAGAGAGUGACGGGGUGGAUCAGCUCAGUAUUGAAUGAUGCUCCGUGUUUUUUUUGUUCGCAUGACUUGAUUGACUCGACUUUUAUUGUUUGUCUUUAUCUUGUAUCUUGAACUUGCUAGUGGGGAUUAUUGUUAUAAUUGUUAUUAUUAUUAUUAUUAU